CAACUUAGGAUUACCAAUGUUUGAGAACUGCAGAAGGAAUAAUUGCUCUUAUUUUAUUCACUUUCGUAGUCUCUGCAUUCCUCUGAACCAUUUUCAUGGUAAUUUUUAACUACUGUUUUCUGCCUGUCAGUAAGUUUCGAAUAAAUAGUGAUGUAUUAAGCAUCUGAAAUAUUGACUUUGUAAGCAUUCUUCAAGUUUUGAAGCACUGUAUCUAUACUGAAUCUCUCUAAAACUUGCUAGUAUCUCUUUGUAGUAGAACUCGAGGAAGCAAGACUUUGUUGAGGACUGAAAUGAACCUUUCAUUAUAAUCCAUUAAGAAUUCUUUUUCAAUAUACUGUCUAAGGAACUCUCUAUGUUCAGUAGGCAAUUUAUUCUUUAUGUGUAAGGCUUCUUUAGCUUCAGUUUCUUUAAGUGGAACCUCCUAAUUGUUCUAAGAAGAGUUUUUAAAGCCAUAUCUUUUCUUACAGUUAGCCCAUUAUGUUUGGAUUUCUCCCAGGCUUCUUGAGAGUCUUUCUCGAAGAUAAUGAAGCUGAUGUAGCUAAAGUAUUAGCUUUUUCUGUUGCUAUAUCUUUUGCUCAUAUGCUAGGUUCACUCUCUUCAUGAGAACUGGGGGGUACUGCAAUAGGGAUAAAAAGGAACCUUAUUUCUAAUCUCAAAGGAAGGAUAAGAUCUUAUAUUUGCAACUUCAGAUAUGAAGUAAUUCUUUUCUAAAGCCUAGGCUCAGCAUGAGUCAAUGAUAAAAAGUUGUUCAUUUUCUAUGAAUUUAUUU